GGCGGAGGCGGGGAGCGCGCGGCGGCCGGGCCGGCUAGCAGGGUUUGCGCGCAAGCCAGGCGGUGGGCGCGGGCAGGGCCGAGGGCGCCCCGAAAGCUGUCAGGCGGCGGCCGGGAGCGGCCGUGCCGAGCGCGGGGGACCGUCUGCGGCCGCUCGCUGCAGGACGCCCCGGUGGAUGAGCUCUCGCCGCCGGGCGCACAGUUUAGGGGAGCCUCGGCGGCGGCGGCGGCGGCGGCGGCGCGGGGGGCGAGGCGGGCCGCCCGUUCCCGGGGAAGGAGGCGCGGGCGUCUGAGCGAGGCCGGGCGCCGCGGCCUCUCCUCGCGCCCCCCCCCCCCCCCCAGCCAGCGCCCGCGGCCGCCUCCCACGCCUGCCUCGCUCUUCUCACCGGCCCGAGCCGCCCUCUCCCGCCGCACCCACGCCGGCCCACCUGGUGGCCCCGGCUUUGGCCGCGGGCUCCGCGGCGGCUCCCCGAGCUCGUCCCGGACGCGCGCCCGGGCGCCGGGGCCUCGGUGGCCACCGCUGCCUCGGGGGAGCGAGGGCGGGAGGGUGUGUGUGCGCGCGUGUGAGCAGGGGGUGCCGGUGGGGCUGCAGCGGAGGCACUUUGGAAGAAUGACUCUGGAGUCCAUCAUGGCGUGCUGCCUGAGCGAGGAGGCCAAGGAAGCCCGGCGGAUCAACGACGAGAUCGAGCGGCAGCUCCGUAGGGACAAACGGGACGCCCGCCGGGAGCUCAAGCUGCUGUUGCUCGGCACAGGAGAGAGUGGCAAGAGUACAUUUAUCAAGCAGAUGAGAAUCAUCCACGGGUCAGGAUACUCUGAUGAAGACAAAAGGGGCUUCACCAAGCUGGUGUAUCAGAACAUCUUCACAGCCAUGCAGGCCAUGAUCAGAGCCAUGGACACGCUCAAGAUCCCCUACAAAUACGAGCACAAUAAGGCUCAUGCACAAUUAGUUCGAGAAGUUGAUGUGGAGAAGGUGUCUGCCUUUGAGAACCCAUAUGUAGAUGCAAUAAAGAGCUUAUGGAAUGAUCCUGGAAUCCAGGAAUGCUACGACAGACGACGAGAAUAUCAGUUAUCUGAUUCUACCAAAUACUAUCUUAAUGACUUGGACCGAGUUGCCGAUCCUACCUACCUGCCUACACAACAAGAUGUACUUAGAGUUCGAGUCCCCACCACUGGGAUCAUCGAGUACCCCUUUGACUUACAAAGUGUCAUUUUCAGAAUGGUUGAUGUAGGGGGCCAGAGGUCAGAGAGAAGAAAAUGGAUACACUGCUUUGAAAAUGUCACCUCUAUCAUGUUUCUAGUAGCGCUUAGUGAAUAUGAUCAAGUACUUGUGGAGUCAGACAAUGAGAACCGAAUGGAGGAAAGCAAAGCACUCUUCAGAACAAUUAUCACAUAUCCCUGGUUCCAGAACUCCUCAGUUAUCCUGUUCUUAAACAAGAAAGAUCUUCUAGAGGAGAAAAUUAUGUAUUCCCACCUAGUUGACUACUUUCCAGAAUAUGAUGGACCCCAGAGAGAUGCUCAAGCAGCUCGAGAAUUCAUCCUGAAGAUGUUCGUGGACCUGAACCCAGACAGUGACAAAAUUAUCUACUCCCACUUCACAUGCGCCACAGACACCGAGAACAUCCGCUUUGUCUUUGCUGCCGUCAAGGACACCAUCCUCCAGUUGAAUCUGAAGGAGUACAAUCUGGUCUAAUUGUGCCUCCUCCACACACGCCCUUCCCUUCCCUGGUGGGCUAUUGAAGCUAUACAAGAGGGACUGUAUUUCUGUGGAAAACAAUUUGCAUAAUACUAAUUUAUUGCCGUCCUGGACUCUGUGAAAGUGUCCACAGAGUUUAUAGUAAAUAUUAUGAUUUUAUUUAAACUAUUCAGAGGAAAAACAGAAUGCUGAAGUACAGUCCCAGCACAUUUCCUCUCUCUCAUUUUUUUUUUUUUUAGGCAAAACCUUGUGACUCAGUGUAUUUUAAAUUCUCAGUCAUGUACUCACAAAGAUAAGACUUGUUCCUUUCUUUAUUUUCUAUUGCGCAAAAUGAAGCUGAUUUCCCAUUUUUUUCCUAACCCAUCUCUCUACCCUCUUGAUUUUUUCCCGAGUUAUAAUGGCCUUUAUCCUAGUUACAUUCUUGGGCAAGUUUCUCUCUCGAAUGAUAGAUUCAGGACAAUAUCAUUCGAUUUAAGCCAUCAACAUCAGCUUAAUUAACAAUUUGUAGUUUUUGCUGAAGGAUUUUAAUUAUUAAUACUAUGGUUUUAAAUGUAUUGCUCUGGAUACAACUUUUUUUUCUUUAUAAAUAUAUUGUCUUGCCUCACUUUUGAGCUGGGACAGUGGAUGCCCAUCUAAUGGUUUAGUGUCUUUUAAGAUUUCUACCUUUGAGCAUACGAUGGUUACUCAGAAAUGUAUAAAAGAUAAGUGCAGAGACACACGGGAGUCCUACCUUUUGAAAUGCCAUGUGCCAUUUACUUUCUUCCCUUCCCUUUUCUUUUUUUCAUCUUCUUUCAAUUGCAGUUGCCAAAAAGAUAAGCCAACAGACACUACAUUCAUUACCCCAGCGGCUGCUACACAGAACCUUUUCGUGAGUCGUUCUUGUUUUUUUGUACAAUUCUAACUUUUCCUCUUUUUUUUUCCCCCUCUUAGUAUUUGGGCCACAAUUUUUAAAAUAUGACCUCUAUUAUGGGUAUAUGUUGCCAAAACUGGCUUUUGUGUAUUAAAAUUAAUAAAAACUUAAAAAAGGAAAGUCAGUAUCUUUUAAGAAGAGCGAGAGCAAGACUGUGAAACCUAAAAUUGGCUGAGAAUGAACCUGAAAACACCAAUUGCGCCAAACUAUUGGUAACUGUAAAUUUUAUUCUCAUGGUCUGUUCUAUUCUUUACCCUUACUAUCACAUUGUUUAGUGUCCAUGUACCAUGUCAAGUGUCCAAAUCAGCAAUGUUGAAAAGUGUCCUGUGUGAAACAUGAAAUCUGCUUAUUGCUUUUCAUUUGAAGCCAGUUUUCCUCUUGUUAUGUUCUCUAAAAGUUGAGUAGGUCUGCCAAAAACAUUGGUUGGUAGUCUUAUACUGACACCUGUAAUUUGUAAAAAUUUUAAGUCACUGCUAGUUUACUGCCUUUGGGAACUUUAAGCUUGUGACUGAUUGAACUUAAGGAAGAUUUGUGAACUUAUAAAAGUAGCCUCUCAUUUUCUAUAGACCAUGUAUUUAUGUAACUGAACUUAGUAUGAGAGAUAUUUGGUAUUCUAUAUGUGCAAUUGUUCAACAAAUUCAGGAAAAAAAAACACAACAUAGCAGAUGUACUGAUGAGCUUCUGUCCAGUAGCUUCAGUUGAAGUAAGACUUAAUAAAUCAUGGUUGUUUUAAGUCUGCUGGGAAGUUAGAAUUUGAUCAUAAUAGUGGUUUCAUUCAUUAUUUGGCACAAAUCUAAAUUUGUAUUUCCAUUAUAGAUCACUUCUGGGGAAUAACAAAAGAGGGAGGACAACCAGUGGCUUAUUAGAUGAGAGCCACAACUGAUGACUAGUGGAACAUUCUCAUUUACUCUCAGAGCCUCAAAACACACAGGUUUCUUCUUUCCUUUGCUCUGAAUGCAUCUGUAAUUAAGAAACAGACUGCCUGUAGGUAUAGUGCAAUUAUGAAUGCUCUAAUCAUUGUACAUACAUCUCUUGAUAUUGCAGCAUCCAUACUGGCUUUGUAAUCAUUAAUUUUUUGGCAGAUUGAAUGUGCUGUAUUGAUAUGUAUCUAUGUAAUUGUAUUGUAUGUCUUAUAGCUAAUUCACAUUUUGAAUAAUGUUAUUUUAUUUACUUUUUUAAGAGAGGAGAAUGUAAAUUUGUCAGUUUAUUUCUGACUAGGGAUUUUUUUUUCCAUUUAGAAAAAAAAAAACUUACUAUCGUACAGAGCGGUACUAGCAUCGUGCUGUAUAAAAUCAUUUGCACAUUCCUGAGUAGAGGUAUACUGAUUAUAAGACCCAAAGGUAAUUUCAUAGCAUAAUACAUAAAAUCAGUCAGAGCUUUUAUACAAACAUGGAAACCAACUUUGUAGAACUUUUGCCAUUUGACCUAGGGUUGGAAUAUGAGCUUUUAUACAAUUCAUAUUCUUAUUUGGCAAAUGCACAGUUUAGUAUUACCUCUCUGGUGGCCUUUAUUAGAAAGGCAGUUUUAGAAGCUAUUGUGAUCCACUAAGGAAAUGUUUUAACAGCUAGAGACCACUGCUUGCCUGGAAGGGCAAUCUUAAAUUUGGUGCAGCGAAAAAAGAAGGAAAAAAAAAAGUAAACAACAUUUGGAGGUCUAUAGUGUGUAUAGAGAAAACCUCAUCACAAGAUCGCAAAUGUUAACAGUUUUAGGGAAUCAAGAUAUUCUAUUUAAAUAGAGAGAUAGUAGAUGUAGUUGAUUAAGCCUGAUCUCAAAGCUCAAAGAAGCUGAGCAAAAUAGGGAAAGAUUAUUAGAUUUGUCUUUAUGAAAUUGGGAAGGAAUUGCUAUGCAGCAUUGAGGUUUAUGACUUCACUGUUUGUUUUAGGGUGCAUGACAAGAUCCCUUCUCUUGAGAAAGGAAAAAAUUGAUCACCCUAAAUGCAGCGAUGCUCAGAAACCUAAAUUGUAUCCACACUAGUCAAUCGAAGCUAAAGGAUUUUUUUUCUGUUUUAUUUUUUCGUUUGUUUGUUUGUUUCUUUGGGGUUUUAUUGAAGGGGCUAGGGGUGGGAAGGGAUUCUUUUAAGUUUUGUAUAAAAACAAAGUUUACUCAUGCUUUAUAUUAUAUUGUGAUCACAAGCAUUCUAAGCGUGUGCCACUGGACUCCUACUGUGGAUGCUCUGAGUAAUGGAGGCCUGUGGCGAGUUUCAUGGUGACUUGGGCAUGUCUUAUUCAAAAACAAGAACACGAAACUCAGAAAGCUUUCUCUAGCAUACCAAGGCAAGCAUCCACUUCAUGACUCACUUAACACAUUGCAGUGUACCAGUUUACAGAUGAGUUCCCCCUGAGUGCAUGACCAGGGCAGUUCCAAUCCAUAGACAAGUCCUUAUUUGCAAAUUGGAGGUUUGUACUAUGCCUUACAGAGCUUAAAUUCAGAAGUUUGUGCCUCACAUCUGAAACAAAGGGAAAUAAUGAACCCACUCAAAAGUAAAUAAGUCCCCUUAAAGUUUAGUCUCUCUCUUUUUUUAAUAUUUCCAUAUAAAGAGCUCUGUUCAGCAUCAUUAUUGAGACUGGGGGAAAAAAUCUUAGGAACCUGCAUAUGUUGUUUACUAGCAGAUGACAUCUAUCAAAGGUAUUUGAAGAACACCUGAGACUUUUCUUUUGUAGAUUAACUAGCAGACCUAGUAUUUUAAAAAUACAAAAAGAGGUAAUUCAGCUAAAGGGCAGUUUACUUUUUGUACUUCAGACUAUCUUGAUUGUCAAGGUGUAUGAACUGUAAUUUUAAAAUUUAUACUGCCACAUGAUUGUAAAUUUUAGUUGUCUUAAGUUGGGAAUCGGUGAAAAGCUAUUUAUGCUGGAUUUGGGUCAAAAUGACUUAUUUGCAAAAAAUAAAUAAAAAUAAAAAUAAUGGGAAGAAAGGGCUGCAUAAUGAAAUACUGCAAGACUCAGAUAUUGGUUGGAAAUAACCCUCAGAAUACCCUCAACCUCCCUUUGUUUUUGUUUUCUCAAAAAGAAUGAAUGAAAUGAAAUAAAGCAGAAUGUUAACCCAUAUAAAAAUAAAGUGUACCCAAAUAUUGUAAUGUAUAUUGCUGCUCUUCUUAAAAUUAAAUAAGGGUUUGAAAUGA